AUGACUUCAAUUACCUAAUCUUAAUAGACUCCGCAAAGAACUUCAAUUCAAUACAAUCCUAUCAUAAGUCCUAAGAACCAAGGAAGAACAGUAACUAAAAAGCCAAACGUAGAAAUAGAUAUAACAUAGAAUGCUAAUAACUAUACAUCAACUUCUCGCAUUUCUCAAAAUAUAAACAAUUUGAUAUCCCCUAAAAAUGAGCGAAGUGCACAAUAACAAGUGCAAGUCACUCCCAACUCAAGAAAUAUCACAAACCAGAAACAGCUAGGGUCUUAAGGAGGAUCUAAAAAGUAAUUCAUAUCUCCCAAAAAGUCAAUUACCUAGGAGACUACAAGGAAAUCUAUCUUACCAAACAGUGUACAAAAGGCAGGAGGUAAUUCCCUAUCAGCGUAGAAAAAGGAGGAUGGGACUUAAAAAUCUUAAUUGGUACAAUCCUAGACAAAAAAAAACAAGGAGAUUAUUGCUAGUGUUGCUGAGAGGAUUAGUCAAAACUCAGAGCUAAUCAACAUUAAAGUGCCAAGAAGAAGCAGAGUAAAAUAAGGAUAAGAAAGCAAUGGCAAAGUCGAGAUAUGGAAUGGGACAUAUGAAAAUCACUUGAGUAAUGGGCUAGAUAUUACAACUACGACAUAUCAUGCUUCUGACAUUGCAGAUGAGUUUGAAUAUCAGUACAAUCCUAAAUAUAAGGAAAAUGCUGAUCAAGUUCACUCACCUAGUGGUGGUUAAUCUAGAUCGAAAUCCAAGCCCAAAAAUGUAGUUGGCAAAAGAUUCAUGUCCCCCUAACUGGAUUAAAACAACAGAGACAAGAGCAACAGAAGCAAUUAAAGAGCGAGUGUGAGCUAAGCUCGAUCAAAGUCAAAUAAAGGCAGAAAUUCAGAGAUUAAUUAGACUCAGGAUAGCGUUAUUAGAACAUCUAGGAGUACAAAUCAAAAAGUAAAGAAUAGCGAGUAAACUGAGCAAUUCAUAAAAAAUAAGAUCACUUAGCACAUCAAGAAUCAACAAUAACAAUUGUAACCUCAAAAAUCAGUAUUAUCAUCAAACAGACAGUCAAAGAUUUAAAAGUAGCCUUAAAUUCAGAACACUGACGGCAAGGAAUCACUAUCUCCCAGAGUAUAAAUUUAAAAUGAAUUCGCUUCCCCCUCCCCAAAGAAGAGAAAUAAAACCAAAUCCCCUGGCUCCUAGAGAAACAGCUAAGCUCCAAACAGUGCACUUUAAUCUGCUGAGAAAACUUUCGAGAGGCUUUAUAACUUGAGAAAAACUGUUGAUCAAGUUGAUAGCUAGAAUCAGUCCCCUAAUCAAAAUUCUCAGAAAAAGAAAUUGAAGACUGAGGAAUGCGAGAUGCUAUACAAUAGGAUGAAGGAUUACGAGCAGAAGAAGAGAUACGCUAUAUAAAUGCUCUAAGAAGCCAAGCGUAAGGAAGAGGAUGAUGAAUACUUGCAAUCCGUUUACAACAGCAAGCAAAAAAAUAACAAAUUGAUAGAGAAAAUGUCGACCAAGUAAAAACAGCACUGCUAUGAUAGAUUAGCUUAAGAUGCUGAGAAGAGGAAAACCCAAAAGAUAAAAUCACUAUAAUAGCAGGUCAUUUAAUAGGAGCAAGAGAUGCGUGAGUUAUUUAAACCUAAAAUAAAUACAAACUAUAAACCACCAAAGCGGGAUGCGAAUACCAUAGGCGUAUACAAUAGCAAAUUUAUCGAUACUACCAAUUAAACGCAGACUGUACACUCUGAUUUAUCAGGUGUAAGAGAUCUGCCAAAUAACAACUUAGGGUCGAUUGUAUCUUUAUAAACUCAAUCAGUUCAUCAGGUCGUUAGUCCUGUAGGUGGACUUACUCUCGAGUAGAAGAUAGCACUCUUUUAAAGCGAAGCUCAUUACAAGAAGAACAAUAAACAAGGUAACUUAUGA